GAGAGACUCCUCAGCUCCUCACAGGAGCGCGCUCGGCCUGGCACUGAGGAGGAAAGAGACGGAGGCAGGCAACAGCAACCACGCUCGCCUCCCCUCCGGGCGUCGCUCUUUUGUAGGCCCAGACGGGAAAGGAAGCAAAUUCUCGAGCUCCGCUGGGGGCGGCCCGGCAGCUUAGCCCGGAGAGGAGCGACGCAGCUGGCAGAAUGAGCCGGGAGGGCUGCUCUGGCCGGACUGAGGUUUUGGUGGUUAAGAAUGCACUAAUUUAUUUAUAAGAAGAUUCAAGAUUUGGACUAAAGCUUCCAUCAUGUCCAAAGAGAUGAAGGAACUCCAGAAAAGUUGGCACUCCAUGAUGGAAACGGUUCACAGCAACCCACGCGUUGUUGCUUUCAUGAACUCCCAAAUCGGCCAGUAUUUAGAUGACCACCCUUUUGUUGCGCUAUCACUGCUGGUCUUUAUUGCAGCGUCUGCAAUUCCAAUUGCAUUCUUUCUGGUUUUUGUUGUUGCCACGGCUGUAAUUGCCUGCAUUGGAGUGAUUGUCAUGGAAGGUUUUGUAAUAUCGUUGGGAGGAGUCACCUUGCUUUGUGUGCUUGGCGGGUUGGGUAUGCUAUCACUGGCAGUGUCUGGAGUGCUGAGUGUUUGUUACUUGUCUCUUACAACUCUGCUCAGCUACUGGCCCACUCCAGACCACCUGUCAAAGAAAGAAAUUGCUAACGGAAGCAGUUUUAUGCCAAGCAACCAGGAUAGUGGUGCUAAUAAGACUGAAUAAAUUGGACUGGUGCUUUUGAAUUCUUCCUUGAGUAGCACUUUAAAAAAAUGCAGAAUUUUGAAGGGAUUGUUACCUUCUCAAAAUGUUUACCUGUCAGAAUGGUCAAGUUGUGGUUUAUUAUUUCCAGAAGCUGGAGGCUGUUUCUUUUUCUUCUGGCUGUCAUUAUAAUGGCUGAACCAUCAUUAAGUAUGCUGUCAUGUGUUGAGUAACUCAGUCGCAGUCGCUAUAGAGCAGGGUCCCAUUGUCUUCCUCCAGGUUUAUCUCCCGUUUAGAUUAGUGGAUGUUUUGCAUAAGAGAGAGCUUUUGUGUCCACUGGUCUUAUAACUUGUUAAACUCAGAGCUUUAUAUUAUCUGCCUGGCAGGAGAUAAAACGUAAUACUGCUGGUAAUAGUACUUUUUUUGUGAGAGUGAGAGAGAGAGAGACUACAUUCAAGCCUUAUAAAAAAAGUCUUACAACACCCAUUGUAAUGGAGAAUGGAGCUUGCACUCUGUCAAAGACAUAGGUGGAAAAUCCAAGUUAAAGGGGGUGGAUCUCUUUAUGAUUGUGGUGGGUUUUUUUUAAUAGGUCAAGCAUUUUUGUUGCAUUUUAAGUUAUUCAGAAAUGAUGUCUUUCUGGUUUUGUCUUAUGUUUUCCAGAGCUUUGGGGGCUUUGCAGAAUAUUUGUUGGUCAAGAGUUGUGCCUUAUUUCAUGUGUGUGUUUUAAAAGAAAUUUAUUUCAGGCCAGGUGUUUUCAUGCCCUUUCAAACCUUUUCGUUAUAAUAGUUACAUUUUUUCCUUGCUUAACUGAUAAUGCCAUUGUCAGGUAUACUUUGCCACUAAAUGGCUACUUGUUUGUCCAA